AAAUACUUGUGGCGGGAGUCAUACAUCAUGUACACUCCGGAAAACAGCUGAUUUAGCAGAGAGAGAGACUCUGCAGGAACAUCACACGAUAUUUGUUUGAGUUCCUUUUUACAAAUUUCGUUUGUUAUUUUUGAAAACGAAAUAAGAAAACCCAGACCACUGGUCAUGGCGCGGUAUUACGUGAUUUUCCUGGCAGGCGUCGCAUGCUGUUUUGCUGCCAACACAGAACAACACAUUACUCAUUAUGAUGGGUUUAGAGUCUUCCGAAUUAUUCCUUCAACAGACAAACAUAUACAAGCAUUGAAAAAUAUAGAAAAACUGAUAAAGCUCGAUGUUUGGCAUGAGCCUCAUUGGGCAGGCGAAAACUAUGACGUCAUGGUACAACCCAAAGACAUCAAAGUAUUCAUAGAAAAGUUAGCGGAGUACGGCCUCCAUUUCACAGUCUUAGUGGAUGACGUUGAAAGACUACUGACCAAGGAGAGGCAACAUAUUCGUCGUAGAAGGAAGAGAUCAAUGUCCGCACUGCACGAAUACACAACCGACUUUUUAUCAUUUCCUCAAAUUGAGCAGUUCCUGUCGAAAGUGAAGAGCAGUCGAACUGAGCCAAAUGUAAACCUCUUCUCCAUCGGCAAGUCGUCGGAGGGUCGAGACCUCAUUGUUGCCAAGAUUUAUAAGUCGUCGAGGCGACACAAACCAGAAAUCUUUAUAGAUGCCGGGAUCCACGCUCGCGAGUGGAUAGCUCCUGCCACGGCCAUCAACAUUAUUUACCAGCUGGCGUUUAACCCAUCCAAGGACCCCACGGUGUCAGCGGUGCUGGAUAAGUUUGACUGGUACAUCAUGCCUGUAGCGAACCCAGACGGAUACCAGUUUACUUUUGACCACGAUCGGCUGUGGAGGAAAACACGAAGCUACAACAUCGACAGCAUGUGCAGGGGCGUGGAUGCGAACCGGAACUUCGACUACAAAUGGGACCCCAGUACUGGAGGCAGUCUGGCACCCUGUGAAGACGUCUUUGCCGGGACGGGACCGUUCUCCGUGCCAGAGUCCAGGCACCUAGGACAUUUUCUACGUUCCCAUGGCAACACGAUCCAGCUGUACCUAUCGAUGCACUCUUUCGGCCAGUAUUUGCUCUACCCGUGGGGCUACAGCCGCAAUGAAACCGCGCCCGAUGAACGCGAUCUGGAUCUUCUCGCUCAGGUUGCCAAUAGAAGCAUGUCACGUUCCUACAGCAUCGGACGAUCGGCAGAGGUUCUCUACCCUGCCGCAGGAGGAUCCUACGACUACGCCAAGGGAGCAGCGGGUAUCAAGUACAGCUACACCAUGGAACUGCCGCCCAGAGACACCUUGACCAACAGCUACCUCGGCUUCAGUCUACCCUUCGACGAAAUAUCGCCCAUCGCUCGAGACACGUGGAACGGGAUUAAGGCGCAGGCGCUCUAUCUCGACCGAAAGCAACACCAGAAAGACGCGCACGCCACGGCCACAGCGCAUGGCGGAAGUGUUGACUUUGUUGGGGCAUCACGGGAUGGUGUACGAACUUCCGGUGAUGGUGCCCAGCCAUCGCGACAAGCUUUGUCACCUUCGCGGCAAGCCUGGGCACCAUCGCGGCAAGCCUGGGCACCAUCGCGGCAAGCUUUGGCACCACUGCGGCAAGCUUUGGUACCAUCGCGGCAAGCUGUGGCCCCAUCGCGGCAAGCUUUGGCAGCACCGAGGCAAGCUUUGGGUUCUUCAAACCAUCCAAGUUUGUCAUCUGGAAACGACGUGGUCUAUAGCUCACAUUCCGGAUUAAACGAUUAUAUCUCGGCUCUUCCACAACAUAUGCGCGUGUGGUUUGUGCAACAUAUAAAUCGAUUGGGAAGCAAAUAAAGUUAUAUAUUGU